AAGCUAGCAGAAUAGAUCGAGUAACCUUGUUAACAAUGAAAGGAACUCAUUUGCCUAUUGCUACUCUUGCCAUCUUUGCAUUCGCAACCUUCUUUGUCUCUGCUUCAGACCCCAGUCCUCUACAGGACUUCUGCGUGGCAAUCAAUAGCGGUUUACCUGGAGUGUUUGUGAAUGGAAAGUUCUGCAGGGACCCCAAGCUUGUCACAGCAAAAGAUUUCUUCUUCUCUGGGCUUCAAAUUCCGAGACCAACGGCAAAUCCGGUUGGUUCAACCGUGACACCAGCAAACGUGGAGCAAAUCCCCGGAUUGAACACGCUUGGGAUAUCCCUAGCUCGCAUAGACUAUGCACCAAACGGUGGUCUAAACCCUCCCCACACUCACCCUCGUGCUUCUGAGGUCCUGGUAGUCUUGGAAGGCACUCUGUACGUUGGCUUCGUCACCUCCAAUCCCGAUAACAAGUUGAUCAGCAAGGUCUUGAACCAGGGAGAUGUGUUUGUCUUUCCAGUUGGUCUCAUUCACUUCCAAUUCAACAUUGGACCCGUCAAUGCCGUAGCACUUGCUGCUCUUAGCAGCCAGAACCCAGGAGUCAUCACCAUAGCCAAUGCAGUUUUUGGGGCCAAUCCUCCCAUCAAUCCUGAUGUUCUUAGGAAGGCGUUCCAAGUUGAUGAAAAGCUCGUUCAGUAUUUGCAGAAACAGUUCUGGUACAACAACAGUUAAGCACGUACGUGAUCCAUAUAUAUAAUUAAGGAAAACAUAUGUGAUAUAUGUAAAAGGCCAAGGAAACCAUGCCAACCAGUGUGUAUGUUUUUCGUCAUUGUCCCCAACAAGAAAAUAUGUAUGUUUUUCAUUACUACAGUAGAAACCCAAAUAAAGAAGAUGUUAAU